AUGAAUCUUCGCCAUGACAUAAACACCGAAAGAAAAAGGCUUAAAAAAACUACCAGUAUUCGCGAACAAGAUUAUCUAUACUACGGUAUACUUGAUUUCGUAAGCAAAUUGGAUGAUAAGAAGACGGAGCAUUGGCUCGGCGAGGAUUACAACAAGUGGUCGAAAAGUCUAAUUUUAAAAGCUUCACAGUCCAGCAGCGGAUUCAUUGUUGAGGAUAAAGCAUACGAAUUCUCUAAGGAUGUCUUGUUUGGGACAAUUGGGUCGAACUCAAAAAGGAAAGAAAAAGAAGCCAAGCAUAAAUUAAGGAAAGAAGACGAUGACUCCCAAAGAUACCGAUUAAACGAUGAUGUUACCGAUGAAAACGAGUACACAUUUAUCAUUGAGUACCUUAGUAAAGUCGUGCGAAUUGGCUGUCAUAACAAAAAGGCCAUAUGGAAAACAAAAUGGUGGGAAGCGAAGCUGAAGGCGUCGAAGGAAGAAUAUGGUGUUUGA